ACUGAUUACGUAGCGGGCGGGGCCGGAAGUGCCGCUCCCUGGUGGGGGCUGUUCAUGGCGGUUCCGGGGUCCUCAACGUUUUUCCCGGUUGAGAUCCUAAAUCCGUCUGCAGCUGGAACAGCAGAUCUUGAGGUUCUUGCUGGUGUGAAAUGACUGAGUAUAAACUGGUGGUGGUUGGAGCAGGUGGUGUUGGGAAAAGCGCACUGACCAUCCAACUAAUCCAGAACCACUUUGUUGAUGAAUAUGAUCCCACCAUAGAGGAUUCUUACCGAAAGCAGGUAGUUAUAGAUGGUGAAACCUGUCUGUUGGACAUUCUGGAUACAGCUGGACAGGAAGAGUACAGUGCCAUGAGAGACCAAUACAUGAGGACAGGCGAAGGCUUCCUCUGUGUGUUUGCCAUCAAUAAUAGCAAAUCCUUUGCAGAUAUUAACCUCUACAGGGAGCAGAUUAAGCGAGUAAAAGACUCAGAUGAUGUACCUAUGGUGCUGGUAGGAAACAAGUGUGACUUGCCAACAAGGACUGUUGACACAAAACAAGCCCAUGAACUGGCCAAGAGUUACGGGAUUCCAUUCAUUGAAACCUCAGCCAAGACCAGACAGGGUGUUGAAGAUGCAUUUUACACACUUGUAAGAGAAAUACGCCAGUACAGAAUGAAAAAACUCAACAGCAGUGAUGAUGGGACUCAAGGUUGUAUGGGUUUGCCAUGUGUGGUGAUGUAACAAGAUACUUUCUCUAGCAUUGGAAAAGAGCCACUUUCAAGCUGCACUGAUACCCUGGUCCUGACUUUCCUGGAGGAGAAGUAUCCCUGUUACUCUCUUCAUCUCAGAGAAGCUCCUGCUAUUUCCCCAACUCAGUAUAUGAGCACAGUCUCUACUUGAGAACUUCUCAGAAUAACUACCUCCUCAUUUGGUUGUCUGACCAGAGAAAUGCACCUCUUGCUAAAUUCCGCAGUAGUUUUCUGCCCUGGGCUCUUCCCAGCAAAAAUGAACACCUCUGCCACCCAGGUUUUUCAUCCAAUAAGCAACUCUGAAUCAGAACCAAACUGUAGGCAUGAAAUUCUGUUUAAAAGUUUCUCGCACUCUAAAGUAGCAACCGCUGGUGAUCUUUAUUUUCCUUUUUAUUUUUGAACUUGGGACCUGUGCUAGACUUCUUUUUUCUAUGUUAGAUUUUGAAACAAUGUCAUAAAGUACUGUUUUGCCAAGAAUAUAAUUAUGUUCCUGAUUGGUUGGUUUGUAGUGUUAACAGCUAUAUUCUAUAGACUGGCAUCUGCUCUAUGUUCCUAAAUAACAAAAGUGAAGCCAGGCACCGCGGCACAUGCCUAUGAUCUAAACCAUUUGGGAAGCUGAGGCAGGAGGAUUAUACGUUCACAGGCAGUGAGAUGGUGUCUCACUGGGCAAUUUUUGAGACCCUGUCUCAAACAUCAGUAAAGGAAUAAACUGGCUGGGUUAUUUAGGGUUAGAGCUCUCCUGAGUUCAGUCCCAGUACUGAGAAGAAAACAGCAAAUGCAAACAUGAACACAGACUUUUGAGUCUAUCCUGGUCUUCUGGACUUUUAUGAAAUUAAAUCCAACUUUGACAACAAAGUGCCUUUUUCCUAGAAGUGGUUUGUAGACUUCCUUUACCGUUCUUAAGUAGAAUAGAGGUCUCGACUAUUACAUAUGAAAACAUCUAUGACCCAUCUACCCCGAGGGAAAGACACACCCAUAUAAUAGCAGAUGCCAUUUCUUACACAUAUGAAGAUUGUUUUCCAGAGGCCAGUUUCUGGGCUUUCCCCAGAAAAAGAUGAAACUGGAAACAAUAAUGAAUAAUUUCACUUAAUUUUUAUCUAAUCUCUCCUUUCUUAUACAUUACUGCAUACAAAUAUAAAUUUAUUUCUUCUAGCAUAUUGAUAAAUUUGGGUCAUACCAGAAAACUUACAUUUGCAGUUAUUCCAGUAUUGUAAAGAUUUGAUGGUGUUGUCUUAUUUUAUAUCUGUGAUAGGUGAUUUUCAAACGUCAAAUGCAUAAACAGGCAAAUUACAUUUUCACCAUGUAUCGUACUCUCAAUGAUGCAUAUAACUGCCCUCAGUCUCCUUCUCCAGUCACUGCCUCUCACCCCCACAGCAGCAUGAACUCGCUUCAUUGUUUUGGUUGAGUAAAUCAUGGUGCUAAUGGGCCAGGGUCACAGUUUCAAAACUUGAAGGAGCCAGCUAGUGUCAUUCGAUCAUAACUCGGGUUUUGCUGGACUCCUGCUAUUAGCCCCUCAAGGAAAAAGGAGGUCAGUUAUCAUGAGUGCUUUAUUGGGCCUGGAAAAGCUUGGUAUCCUAAGGAAGCUCAGGUUAGAAGACUAUAAAUAAAAUAUUUAGAAACCUCCCCCAACUUUUUCUUAGCCAUAUGGAAAGUAAGCCAGUGUCUUUUCUUGGUCUUUUGAGAAUAAGGGUGCUUAGUGGGUUUUUGUUUUUUGUUUUUUUAAGUUUCAGUUUUGUUUGGAGGGUGUUUUUUGUUUUUGUG